UCUUUCCCGUGUCACCGUGAGCUGUGGUAGUCCCUGCCGCUGCUGCUGCCUGUCAACAAGACUUGUGUGUCCGGGUUUUUGUUUUUAGCCUUUUGUGACACUCUGUCUUCCACCACCAUGCCCAUGUACCAGGUAAAGCCCAUCUGUGGGGGUGACAUAAAGAUUGAUUUGCCCACCUGCAUGUACAAGGUACCAAAUAUCCACGCGCAGCAAGGAAAAAGCUGCACCCCCGAACACGCGCUUCAGAAUGGCGAGGUGGACCCAGCCGUCAAAGCUCUGGAGGCCCGGCAGGAUGAGAUCAUGAGAAAACUCUAUGAGCUGAAAGCAGCUGUGGAGGGCUUGGCCAAGACGGUGAUGACCCCUGAUGCCGAUCUGGACCUGACAGUCAGCAGCAGCCUCUCCUCCCAGUGCUCCACAACCUUCAAAAACACCACAGACCUGGACACAGUACUGGGCAAGGAUCUCGGUGCUCUCCGUGAUAUCGUCAUAAACGCCAACCCGGUGCAGCCACCCCUGACCUUGCUGGUGCUCCACAGCCUGCUCUGUCAGCACUAUCGAGUGCUCUCUACUGUCCACGUCCACUCCUCUGUUGCCAGUGUGCCACCACAGCUUCUGUCCUGCCUCGGACCACGGCACACAGACAGCUACGCCCGCCACAUGUUUCAGCUGGGCUUCACCCUCAUAUGGAAAGAUGUUCCUAAACCACAGAUGAAGUUUAGCAUCAAGAACAUGUGUCCCAUUGAGGGUGAGGGCAACAUAGCACGCUUCCUCUUUAAGCUGCUUGCCCCCUAUCCCAGUGACCCCGCUGUUGCUACCCUGGUGGACAGCUGGGUGGAUACGGCUUUCUUCCAGCUGGCAGAGGGCAGUGUCAAAGAGCGAUCCACUGUUCUGCGGGCCCUAAACUCAACUCUGGGUUCCAACCCCUGGCUAGCCGGACCAGAGUUCUCCCUGGCUGAUGUCGCCUGCUACUGCUGCGUGCUGCAGAGCGGCUCGGCCUCCUCAUCUCCGGCUAACGUCCAGCGCUGGAUCAAGUCUUGCGAGAACCUGGGCCACUUCAGCCAUGCCAAGCUCCUUCUGAAAUGACUUGGGCUGUUCCAGGACCAGACACCAGAUGCAAAGUGAGAGAAGGGCAUUAGAAUAAUAAAAUAUAUCCCCGCCAUGUCUGAAACACCUCCUGAUGCUUCCUUCCUUGCUCUAGCGUAACACUGAACUGACACAGAUGAAGUAGAAGCACUAUGGCAGAUGGGUAAAGUGACUCAACGGUAUUUAUUUUUGCCAUGAUGCUAUAGAGAGAUCCUAAAGCUGCAUUUUGCAAGGGAGGAAGAAUAAGGAGAUGGUAUGGACAAGGGUUUGGUGAUGGGUUCAAUCAGUGAUACUAACGGAGGUUAUUAGACAAACACACACACACACACUCUACACCUUCCACCCACUUUGUGCCUAACACGACCCUGUUAAAAAUGUGUGUGGUGAUGGGUAUUGCUUGUUGUUUUCAGAAGUAAUACUUUGUACCAUUCGUGUGUUUUGUUUUUCUGAAAUCAUUAAAACUUCUACUUUCUACUUCAAA